AUGAAAGAAGCAUAUAUCGGCAAAGCCCUGAACGUCGAGAUUCGUGACGUUCCCAUGCCUGCAGUCGGGCCGGGUGAGCUGCUUAUCCGCGCCAUUGUGUCAGGCACAAACCCCAUGGACUGGAAAAUGCCUAAACUAGUUGGCGGGAACGCAGCGAACCAUGGCGACGACAUUGUCGGCUAUGUUGACGCAGUCGGCGAAGGAGUUACGGGAUUUCGUCACGGCGACCGUGUUGUUGCUUUCCAUCAGAUGUUUACUCCCCAUGGUAGCUAG